CGCGGGCACUGGGUCAGACAUUGGAUCGUCUGGCUGGACAGCGGGCACUGGGUCACCAGGCAUCAGGUCAUUUGGCUUGACAGCGGGCACCGCGUCAUCUGGCAAGGCAGUGGGCUCCGAGUCAACAGGCACGACAGUGAGCACCGGGGGUCAUCAGGUACCGGAUUGUCUGGCUCGACAGCGGGCACCGCGUCAUCUGGCAAGGCAGUGGGCUCCGAGUCAACUGGUAUGACCGCGGGCACUGGGUCAGACAUUGGAUCGUCUGGCUGGACAGCGGGCACUGGGUCACCAGGCAUCAGGUCAUUUGGCUUGACAGCGGGCACCGCGUCAUCUGGCAAGGCAGUGGGCUCCGAGUCAACAGGCACGACAGUGAGCACCGGGUCAUCAGGUACCGGAUUGUCUGGCUCGACAGCGGGCAUCGGGUCACCAGGCAUCAGGUCAUUUGGCUCGACAGCGGGCACCGGAUCAGGUACCGGAUCAUCUGGAUCAACAGCGGGCAUCGAGUCAACUGGCCUAAUAGGAUCGUCAGGCUGGAUCAGUUCAUCAUGCUGGGUAGAGGCAUCAGGCCAAGUAGAGGCUUCAGGCCGAGUAGAGGCUUCAGGUCGAGUAGAGGCUUCAGGCCGA